GCCAUUGCUGCGCGCACGGGAGCCGCCGCGAGCUCCAGCGCCGGAGUCAGAGCUGCGGAGCCGGUGGGGCGGCAGCCUCGGUCCCCGGAACGAUGGUGAAGUUGGGGAACAAUUUCGCGGAGAAGGGCGCGAAGCAGCCGCUGCUGGAGGACGGCUUCGACACCAUCCCGCUCAUGACGCCCCUCGAUGUCAGCCAGCUGCAGUUCCCGCCCCCGGACAAGGUGGUUGUGAAAACCAAGACCGAGUAUGAGCCUGAUCGCAAGAAGGGCAGGGCGCGGCCCCCCAAGAUCGCGGAGUUCACCGUCAGCAUCAGCGAGGGCGUCACAGAGCGGUUCAAGGUCUCCGUGCUGGUCCUCUUCGCCCUGGCCUUCCUCACCUGCGUGGUCUUCCUGGUCGUCUACAAGGUGUACAAGUAUGACCGUGCCUGCCCCGACGGCUUCGUCCUCAAGAACACCCAGUGCAUCCCGGAGGGCCUGGAGAGCUACUACGCGGAGCAAGACUCCAGCGCGCGGGAGAAGUUCUACACGGUCAUAAACCACUACAACCUGGCCAAGCAGAGCAUCACCCGCUCCGUGUCGCCGUGGAUGUCGGUCCUGUCAGAGGAGAAGCUGUCGGAGCAGGAGACCGAAGCCGCUGAGAAAUCAGCAUAGCGCGACGGGCGAGCGCCUUAGAAUGUGUCACGUGAAGGUAACAAAGGGACUUUGAGGGACAUUUCAUUAAAUAGAAUUACCGAUAAUUUAGAGGUUACUCAUUCAUGGUGCAACUGCUUCUGUUUGCUAAUGCUGCUUUGCAACUACCACUCGCUGCAGACCAGCCGCGGGCACAAGGCCGGGCACAAGGCCGGUGCACGUCAGCAUUGCUUAACGAGCUCUGGCACCACUUUCCAUGUCGAGGGAUCUUAAUUUAGCUGCUCUGCUGGGGUUACUGGAUGCUGUCAAAAAAUAAAUUUACACUGGACAUGCACAGGGUUUGGACUUCAGAUAAAUCCUGCCUUUGUGAAAUGGAUUUUUUUAAACCA